UCUGCUCAGGCUGCUGGGGAGGAGGAAAGCUCUGGCUGUGAUGCCGCUGGAUGAUGGCUGCUUUCGGGAUCCUAAGUUACGAACACCGGCCAUUGAAGCGGCCCCGACUCGGCCCUCCGGAUGUUUAUCCACAAGAUCCAAAGCAAAAAGAGGAUGAGUUGACUGCACUAAAUGUGAAACAAGGAUUCAAUAACCAGCCAGCUGUCUCUGGUGAUGAACAUGGCAGUGCCAAAAAUGUCAACUUUAACCCUUCAAAGAUUAGUUCAAACUUCAGCAGCAUCAUCGCAGAGAAGCUGCGGUACAACACAUUUCCAGACACAGGGAAACGUAAACCACAGGUCAACCAGAAAGAUAAUUUCUGGCUCGUCACAGCAAGGUCACAAAGCUCCAUCAAUAAUUGGUUCACGGAUUUAGCGGGGACUAAACCUCUGACACAGCUGGCUAAAAAGGUUCCAAUCUUUAGCAAAAAGGAGGAGGUUUUUGGAUACUUGGCCAAGUACUCGGUCCCUGUCAUGCGCUCGGCAUGGAUGAUCAAAAUGACCUGUGCUUAUCACGCAGCCAUCACAGAAACUAAAGUCAAGAAGAGGCAUGUGAUCGAUCCCUGUAUAGAAUGGACUCAGAUUAUCACCAAGUAUCUGUGGGAGCAGCUUCAGAAGGUUGCCGAGUUUUACAGACAGUUUCCCAGUCAAGGUUGCAGCUCCCCCCUCCCCGCCACCCCUGCUGACGUGGAGACGGCCAUGAAGCAGUGGGAAUACAACGAGAAGCUCGCCAUGUUCAUGUUUCAGGACGGUAUGUUGGACAGACAUGAGUUCCUCACGUGGGUGCUGGAGUGUUUCGAAAAGGUCCGACCUGGUGAAGAUGAGCUUCUCAGACUUCUCCUUCCGCUUUUACUACAGUACUCAGGGGAAUUUGUACAGUCGGCUUACUUGUCACGGAGGCUGGCUUACUUCUGUACACGCCGCCUCAACCUGUUGCUAAGCGACGGGAGCCUAGGUCCCGGCACAGGAGGGCAUCCAACCCAUGGCAUGUUGACGCAGCAAGGCAACGCCCUGCCCCCAACGCCCACCUCGCAGCCGACCGGAGGAAACCAACUUCAGACGGCCUUCACAGACUUCUACAUCUGCCCGCAGCACCGGCCCCUGGUGUUCGGCCUCAGCUGCAUGCUGCAGAGCAUAGUGCUGUGCUGUCCCAGUGCUCUGGUCUGGCAUUACUCCCUCACAGACAGCAGGAACAAAACUGGUUCCCCCCUGGACCUGCUGCCCAUCGCUCCGUCCAGUUUACCCAUGCCCGGGGGCAACACUGCCUUCACACAGCAGGUUCGAACAAAGUUGAGAGAAAUCGAGGAGCAAGUGAAGGAGCGAGGCCAGGCCGUGGAGUUCAGGUGGUCGUUUGACAAGUGCCAGGAGACCACCGCAGGGUUCACCAUCGGGAGGGUUCUCCACACCCUGGAGGUUUUAGACAACCACAGCUUUGAGAAGUCUGACUUCAACAACUCGCUGGAUUCCCUGUACAACCAAAUCUUUGGCUCGGGUCAGAGUAAAGAAGGACAUGAGAUGUCGCCAGAUGAUGACGCCGUGGUGACCUUGCUGUGUGAGUGGGCCGUGUGCUGUAAGCGUUCGGGCCGACACAGAGCCAUGGUGGUGGCCAAGCUGCUGGAGAAGAGACAGGCUGAAAUAGAAGCAGAGAGGUGUGGUGAGUCGGAGGUGGUGGAUGAGAAAGGCUCCGUGUCAUCCGGCUCCCUCUCAGCGGCCACAAUGCCAGUGUUUCAGGAUGUUCUGCUGCAGUUCCUCGACACUCAGGCCCCCACUCUCACGGAGCCUGGAAAUGAAAGUGAGCGUGUGGAGUUCUCCAACCUGGUGCUGCUCUUCUGCGAGCUCAUCCGUCACGACGUCUUUUCCCACAACAUCUACAUGUGCACGCUCAUUUCCCGCGGCGACCUGGCUUCUGACUCGCACCUGCCGCGCCCGCGCUCCCCCAGCGACGAGCCCUCCGAUGAGUCAGAGCGCAAGGAGCAGGACCCAGGCAGCAACGUCAAGAUGGAGGAUACCGGUCUGUCGGAGUCCAUGGAAAUUGAUGCCAACUCCAGUGCUAAUUUUGACGAGAUGUUCUCUCCUCCGAUGCACUGUGAGUCUAAGGGGAGCCCCUCCCCCGAGAAGCCCGCUCCAGAGCAGGACAGCAAAGUCGGCAUUAAGGACAAAGGCUUGGACCCGGCCUUCCCUCAACUGUAUGAACAACCUCGCCACAUUCAGUAUGCCACUCACUUCCCCAUUCCUCAGGAGGAGAGUGCCAGCCACGAGUGCAACCAGCGGUUAGUGGUCCUGUACGGCGUCGGCAAACAGAGAGAUGAGGCCCGACACACUAUCAAGAAAAUUACCAAAGACAUCUUGAAGGUGCUGAACCGCAAAAGCACAGCAGAAACAGGAGGGGAGGAAGGACAAAAGCGGAAAAGGAGUAAGCCCGAGGCCUUUCCCACUGCUGAAGAUAUCUUCGCCAAAUUCCAGCACCUCUCCCACUUUGACCAGCACCAGGUCACCUCCCAGGUGUCCCGAAAUGUGCUGGAACAGAUCAACAGCUUUGCCUUAGGGAUGUCCUAUCAUCUGCCUCUCGUCCAGCACAUCCAGUUCAUCUUUGACCUCAUGGAGUACUCUCUCAACAUUAGUGGCCUCAUAGACUUUGCUAUUCAGCUUGUGAAUGAAUUGAGUCUGGUGGAAGCCGAGCUGCUGUUGAAGUCCUCCAGCCUGGUGGGCAGCUACACCACCAGCCUGUGUCUGUGUAUCGUAGCUGUGCUGAGGAGGUACCACUCCUGCCUCAUUCUCAACCCUGAGCAGACCGCACAGUGUGAUGGGUUGCGCAUCGUGGUGAAAACAGGCGUGAACCCGGCUGACUGUUCCUCUGCUGAGCGCUGUAUCUUGGCGUACCUGUACGACCUCUACACCUCCUGCAGCCACCUCAAGAACAAGCUUGGCGAGAUCUUCAGUGAGUUCUGCUCCAAAGUGAAGAACUCCAUCUACUGCAACAUCGACCCUUCAGACUCCAACAUGCUUUGGGAUCCUGUGUUCAUGAUGGAGGCCAUCGCCAACCCCUCGGCUCACAACUUUAACCACUCCAUGGUGGGGAAGAUCCUCAACACCAGCCCGGCCAACCGCUACAGCUUCGUGUGUAACGUGCUGAUGGAUGUGUGUGUGGACCACAGAGACCCUGAGAGGGUGAACGAUAUUGGGAUCCUGUGUGCAGAGCUGACAGCGUACUGCCGCUCUCUGAGUGCAGAGUGGCUCGGGAUCCUCAAGGCUCUCUGCUGCUCCUCCAACAAUGGCAACUGUGGCUUCAAUGACUUGCUGUGUAACGUAGAUGUUAGCGAUUUGUCCUUCCAUGAUUCCCUGGCAACCUUCGUAGCCAUUCUCAUUGCGAGACAGUGCCUGCUCCUAGAAGACCUGGUUCGCUGUGUGGCCAUUCCUUCUCUCCUCAAUGCAGCCUGCAGUGAGCAAGACUCUGAGCCGGGAGCCCGACUCACCUGCAGGAUCCUGCUGCACCUCUUCAAGACGCCGCAGCGCAACCCCGUGCCCCAAGAUGGUGUGAAGUCAGAUAAAUCCUCCGUUGGUAUCCGGUCGUCGUGUGAUCGCCACCUUCUCGCUGCUUCUCAGAACAGCAUAGUUGUUGGAGCAGUAUUUGCUGUCCUUAAAGCUGUCUUUAUGCUGGGUGAUGCUGAGCUGCGAGGCUCAGGACUGUCGCACCCGGCUGGCCUCGACGACAUAUCUGAAGGGCGCAAUGUCUCCAUAGAAACGGCCAGCUUGGAUGUUUAUGCAAAAUAUGUUCUGAAGACGAUCUGUCAGCAGGAGUGGGUUGGAGAGCGCUGCCUGAAGUCUCUGUCUGAGGACAGCAGUGCCCUCCAGGACCCGGUUCUGGUGAACAUUCAGGCCCAAAGGCUCCUGCAGCUCAUCUGCUAUCCACACCGCCAGCUGGACAGCGACGAGGGUGACAACCCACAGAGGCAGCGAAUCAAACGCAUCCUACAGAAUAUGGACCAAUGGACGAUGAGACAGUCGUCCCUGGAGCUGCAGCUGAUGAUCAAACAGAGCACAAACAACGAGCUCUACUCACUCUUGGAGAACAUAGCCAAGGCCACCAUAGAGGUGUUUCAGAAAUCAGCAGAGAUGAACAGUAACCCCUCAGGGAACGGAGCAGCGGCACAAGGUGGCUCCGGAUCCAACAGCACCACGAGCAAGAUGAAGCCAAUUUUAAGCUCCUCUGAGCGGUCAGGUGUGUGGCUGGUGGCUCCGUUGAUAGCCAAGCUGCCCACCUCAGUCCAGGGUCACGUACUGAAGGCAGCAGGAGAGGAGCUGGAGAAAGGACAGCACCUCGGCUCUUCAUCUCGCAAGGAGAGGGACAGGCAGAAACAGAAAAGUAUGUCUCUGCUGAGCCAGCAGCCAUUCUUGUCCUUGGUGCUGACCUGCUUGAAGGGGCAGGACGAACAGAGGGAAGGCCUUCUCACCUCCCUGUAUAGCCAAGUGCAGCAGAUAGUGACCAACUGGAGAGAAGACCAGUACCAGGACGACUGCAAGGCAAAGCAGAUGAUGCACGAGGCUCUGAAACUGCGACUCAAUCUUGUGGGGGGCAUGUUCGACACGGUGCAGCGCAGCACCCAGCAGACCACUGAGUGGGCGGUCCUACUUCUUGACAUCAUCAGCAGCGGCACGGUGGACAUGCAGUCCAAUAAUGAGCUCUUCACCACAGUGUUGGACAUGUUGAGUGUUCUGAUUAACGGCACGCUGGCUGCUGACAUGUCCAGCAUCUCUCAGGGCAGCAUGGAGGAGAACAAGAGAGCCUAUAUGAACCUGGUCAAGAAGCUCAGGAAAGAGCUUGGGGAUCGGCAGUCGGAAAGUUUGGAAAAGGUUCGCCAGCUCUUGCCACUGCCCAAGCAAACCCGUGAUGUCAUCACCUGUGAACCUCAGGGCUCACUGAUCGACACCAAGGGGAACAAGAUCGCUGGAUUUGAGAAGGAGGGUCUCCAAGUCUCAACAAAACAGAAGAUUUCUCCAUGGGACGUCUUUGAGGGUCUCAAACACUCAGCCCCCCUCUCCUGGGGAUGGUUCGGCACGGUGCGCGUAGAUCGCAAAGUCACCAAAUUUGAGGAGCAGCAGCGUUUCCUGCUCUACCACACCCACCUGAAGCCCAAACCUCGCAGCUACUACCUGGAGCCGCUCCCCCUGCCCCCUGAAGAGGAGGAGCCCCUGACACCCGUCUCCCAGGAACCAGAGAAGAAGAUGAUGGAGGCAGUGAAGCCGGAGAAGAGUGUGCCCGCUGUGCCCCCUGACUCUAAUAAGAAGAAAUCCAACAAGAAGAAGAAAACUCCCUCUGCUAAAACAGAGGUCAGUUGUCAGCAGCAAGCCCAACAAGCUCAACAACAGCAACAGCAGCAGCAGCAACAACAACAACAACAGCAACAACAACAACAGCAGCAGCAACAACAACAACAACAACAGCAGCAACAGGUCCAGCCCCAGCAGGUUCCUCCUCAACAGCAGGUUGCUCAGCAGCAGCAGCAGCAACAACAACAACAACAACAGCAGCAGGUGGCAGCGGGACCACCUCCAAGCCAGCAGCAGAACCCGGGCCUGGGCAUGCAGCCUCUGCCCCCCCAACAACCCAUGUUCCCACGACAGGGAAUGCAGCAGACUCAGCAGCAGCAGCAGACUGCCGCUCUGGUCCGACAGCUGCAACAGCAACUUUCAAAUACAACACCAGGACAGGGCGCCAAUUCAUAUUACUGAUCGUGCGUGUUCCUAGUAGUAUGUGAAGAAUAGGCCCUUAUUAUGUGAAGAGGCCCUGCUCGUAGAUUGGCAGAUGAAUGUGUCCAGUCCCGUGUAGGUUGUUAGGCGGGGAGACUGUUUGAGGCACAAAGGACCAUGAAACCACAUCCCUUCUCCACAAGUGAUGUCAGCGAUCAGAAAAUAUCUUGACUUCAGUCGUGUAAUUAUGGAUUAUCAAAGGAGGGAUCCUGCUCUGAAGUAAACAGAUAAUGGUAAUAAUGGAAAAGUCUAUGUAAAAAAGUACCAGAAAUUAUAAGAAUAAUGCAAUUUUUUUAUUUUAUUUCAAUUUGUACAAUUUUUUCAGUUUCGUGUAUUUCUCAUUAAAAAAUCAUGUCAGUUUUUAUGUCCUAUACUUGUGUUAGCUGCCUGUUUACUCUAUAUAAAAACAGUCAAUGGACUCUUGCAGGAUAAA